ACGGAUAUCUUAUUUACUGAACGGUUCUUAUCUAUCUUGUUGUUUCUAACCGCUAGGCUUUCAUGACUAGCAUCUGAUCGUCUGCUUCAGAACCUCGAAUUUCGAAACGAGAACAGUUAUUACCAUUGUAUACAGUUUCUUUCUCCUACUUAAAUUUUUAAUCGCUUUCUUUUUUGAAGGACCUUUUAAGUUAUAUUUAAAUGCUAGAAGUUUAACACGUCCUAUAGCAUUUGGCUUACCUAUUUGAAUUGUCCACUUAAAUUUCUAAAACGAAAUAAUGGAAGGACACAUUCUGAAUACAAGAUAUGGACUCGAUGAUGAAAAUUUAACAUCGAUUAGUGAAGCUGCGAAAGAUUACGCUUUAUUUAAAGGCAUUGCUAUGAGAACUCGAGAUUUGGAUAUGGAUGUAAGAGUACCAGUUCCAGUUUGUCUUGUUCCAUCACCUUUUCCUAAGACGUGGUUUCAGCAUGUUGGUGAUUUGCAGCCAUAUUUAAAUUUUAUCCUGCAUAAGGUAGCUUAUUCUAAAGAUAUCUUGAAAGAAUGUUUAGCCAGCACAAUGGAAGUUGACGAAUUUACUCGAAAUAUUUUUAAAAUCUAUGAAGCUGUGGAACAUGAUGAGCAACUAUCUUUAGGUCUUAUUCGAUCAGAUUAUUUAUUAAAUUCUGAUUCAGAGGGUAGGAUAACUGGUAUAAAACAAGUUGAAAAUAAUACAAUUGCUUCCUCAUUUGGGGGCUUAGCACCAAUUGUUAGAGAACUUCAUGAGUUUGUGUUAGAAAGACUUGGUCUGAAAGGAUUUGAAAGUAGGUUGCCAACCAACCAAUCAGUUUUCACAUUAGCCCAAGGUAUAAUAUCAGCCUGGGAUGCAUAUACUAACACCAGUGCCGUCGUUCUUUUUGUUGUUGAAGAUGUCACUUACAAUAUAUGUGACCAAAGAGCUUUAGAAUAUGCUCUUUUAGAAUAUGAAAGCAGAUUAGAGGUUUUACGAUGUUCCUUUAAAGAGCUUCGAUCUUGUGCUGUGUUAAAAGGAAGAACAUUAUUAGUGAAAGACAAAGAAGUUGCUGUUGUGUAUUACCGUAAUGGUUACAUGCCUGAUCAGCUUGAACCUGAGGAUUGGGAAGUUAGAUUGUUAAUGGAGCGUUCAAAAGCAAUUAAGUGUCCUUCAGUUGGAUUGCAUUUAGCUGGAACCAAGAAGGUGCAAUUAUAUUUGAGCAAACCUGGGGUUCUUGAAAGAUUUGUUAAAAAGGAAAUUGCUGAACAGAUACGAGAAUUAUUUGUUGACCAGUAUGCUCUAGAUAUGGGACCAGAUGGCGAUAAAGCUGUACAAAUGGGUAUUAAAGAUCCAGACAAAUAUGUUUUAAAGCCAGAAAGAGAAGGUGGAGGCAAUAAUUUAUAUGGAGAGGAUUUGAAAAAUCUUCUUGAGAAAAUUCAAGAUUCUGAAGAAAGGAAAGCCUAUAUUUUGAUGGAACGCAUAAAUCCUCCCCUUAUUCCAAAUUGCAUCAUUCGCAGAGAUAAUAAGCCAGAAUUUACUAAUGUUAUUUGUGAAUUGGGCAUUUUUGGUACUAUUCUUGGAAAUAAAGAAGAUAUUUAUGUAAAUAACUUAGCUGGCCAUCUCAUUCGAAGUAAAGGAAUAGAUACAGCAGAAUGUGGCAUUGCUGCUGGUUUUGGAGCUUUGGAUUCUCCAUUUUUGGAAUAAUCUUAUUAAACUUUGGCAUAUCUUAAAUUGCUAUUUAAAAUAUGCCUUUUUACAAAUAAUUUUUUAAAAAUUUAUUUGUUCAAAUCCAUUUUUUUCCUGAACAAUGUACAAUAAUUAUAAUUUUUACAUAAUUAUUUUGUAAAUAUUAUUAUAUGUCAUGAAAUGAAAAUUUUGAUUUGAAGAUCACCGAUACCUGAUUAUAAACGUUUUUGUAUUAUGC